GGUUUGGUGGGUCCACAGCACUCUCCCUGCUGGUGAUACUAAUCCUCAAAAGAAAGUCAAACAUUAGCCCGAGAAACAGCUUAUGCCUUAUAUAAGCCCCCCUCGGGGGAGGCACAAACACAGCUUGUUGGAGCUGAGCUGCCCGACUACAGCAGCUACCAGGCCCUAGGACAGAUCAAGGACCUCAGCCACACUGACCACCAGCCCCACCGGACCCGGACCCAGCCACCAGUGCCAUGACCUUCUCCGAGAUCCUGGACCGCGUGGGCAGCAUGGGCCCCUUCCAGUUCCUGCACGUGGCCAUUCUAAGCAUCCCAAUCCUCAACAUGGCGAACCACAACCUGCUGCAGAUCUUCACAGCCGCCACCCCUCCCCACCACUGCCGCCCACCCCCCAAUGCCUCCGCAGGGCCCUGGGUGCUCCCCAUGGGCCCGAAUGGAAAGCCUGAGAGAUGUCUCCGUUUCGUACAUCUGCCCAACGCCAGCCUGCCCAACGACACCCAGAGGGCCACUGAGCCAUGCCUGGACGGCUGGGUCUACAAUAGCACCGGGGACACCAUUGUGACAGAGUGGGACUUGGUGUGCAACUCCAACAAAAUGAAGGAGAUGGCCCAGUCUAUCUUCAUGGCGGGCAUACUGAUUGGAGGGCUCGUGCUGGGAGACCUGUCUGACAGGUUUGGCCGCAGGCCCAUCCUGACGGGCAGCUACCUGCUGCUGGCAGCCAGCGGCUCUGGUGCAGCCUUCAGCCCCUCCCUCCACAGCUACUUCGUCUUCCGCUUCCUGUGUGGCUGCGGCAUCUCAGGCAUCGUCCUGAGCACCAUCAUCUUGAAUGUGGAGUGGGUGCCCACCCGGAUGCGGGCCCUCGCGACGACAAUAACUGGCUACUUCUACACCUUUGGCCAGUUUAUCCUGCCGGGCCUGGCCUACGCUAUCCCCCAGUGGCGUUGGCUGCAGUUAACCGUGUCCAUCCCCUUCUUUGUCUUCUUCCUGUCAUCCUGGUGGACACCAGAGUCCAUACGCUGGCUGGUCCUGUCUGGAAAGUCCUCGAAGGCCCUGAAGAUACUCCGGCGGGUGGCUGCCUUCAAUGGCAAGAAGGAGGAGGGACAAAGGCUCAGCUUGGAGGAGCUCAAACACAACCUGCAGAAGGAGAUGUCCUUGGCUAAGGCCAAGUACAGCGCAAGUGAUCUGUUCCGGACACCCAUGCUGCGCCGCGUGACCUUCUGUCUUUCCCUGGCCUGGUUUGCCACCGGUUUUGCCUACUACGGUUUGGCUAUGGGUGUGGAAGAAUUUGGAGUCAACCUCUACAUCCUCCAGGUCAUCUUUGGUGGGGUCGACAUCCCAGCCAAGUUCAUCACUGUCCUCUCCUUAAGCUACGUGGGUCGGCACACCACUGAAGCCGCUUCCCUGCUCCUGGCAGGAGGGGCCAUCUUGGCUCUCACCUUGGUGCCCUUGGACAUGCAGAUCCUGAGGACAGUACUAGCUGUGUUUGGAAAGGGAUGCCUGUCCAGUUCCUUCAGCUGCCUCUUCCUCUACACAAGUGAACUAUACCCUACAGUCAUCCGGCAAACAGGUAUGGGCGCAAGUAACAUGUGGACCCGUGUUGGAAGCAUGUUGGCCCCACUGGUGAAAAUCACGGGUGAGGUGCAGCCCUUCAUCCCCAAUGUCAUCUAUGGGAUCACCGCCCUCCUGGGGGGCAGUGCUGCCCUUUUCCUGCCUGAGACGCUCAAUCGGCCCUUGCCAGAGACUAUCGAAGAUUUAGAAAAAUGGUCCCUGCGGGCAGAGGAGCCAAAGCAGGAACCAGAAGCAGAAAAGGCAUCCCAGAUGAUCCCUCUGCAGCCUUAUGGACCAAGCCUGGGCUCCAGCUGAAGACAACAAAACCCCCUCUCCCUGCCCUCCAGAGACUAAUCCCAGCCCAGGCCCCGCCUGCAUCUGAGCUCCUUGGGGACCUUGGGAGUUGAGGCGGGGCAUCCUGGAGAGGUCCAUCCACCUAGGACAAAGCCUUCUGAGAGCUUGGUGGAGGCAUCCCUGCUACCACCACCACAGUCCGCAGCCCAGCCCUGGCCCGUUCAUAGGGUCAGCCAUAGACCUUCCCAUACCCAGCCCUGUCCUCAACCUCCCUGCAACCUAGGCCCUGCCAUUCUCUUUGUCCAGCCCGUCCCUACUGGCCACCUUCUCCCGUUGUCCCAGCUCUCUUCCCCUGAGGUCUCCUGACGUCUCCUGGCUCAGUCCUAACAAGAUUGAGUCCCAACAAGACAAGAAGCCCUUCCCUUCUUGCCUUCUGCCCCUUUCUUUGAUGGGAGGUUUCAAUAAACAGCAAUAAGAACUCAAGCCAUGAUGCUCAGGGCUGGAGGUGGAGAUGGGGGCUGGCCACCAUGUGGACAUGUGAGCGUCCACAUGCGCCCGCCCACACUUGCAUGUACAUACAGGCCCGUGUAUGGGCACACGGGUACAUGCAAGCUGGACUGAUGGGAACACCUGCAUGCAUGUGAAAUGCCCUCAAGGGUGUAUACAGCAGGCCUGUGCAUGGAAACACCAUGUGUGUGUCUGUGUGUCCCAGCACCCAUAUGAGAAGAGGAUGGACCAAACCCAGAGUGGCUGCAGACAGAAGCCAGGGUUCCUCCAAUCCUGAUUCUCCUCCCCUGCCUGCCCCAAAUCUCUGAUCCAUGUCCCAGGGCCAAACCCAGCAGAUGGCUUUGUCUUCUCUUUAACCGAGAAAACUGCAGCCAUAGCUGAAGGCUGUCGAUGUCUGCAGCCGUGUCCCGGUUCCCUCGGGCCACGGAGGAAGGGCCAGUCCUCCCACGGGGCUCUGCCUCCAGCCUGUCCCACCAGUGCCAUCCCUUUCCCCUGGGUCUGUGCCAUUCCCUCUCUCCUGGCUCCUUCCCAUCACCAGGCAAAUGAGCUCGGUCCUCUCCCAUCUUAACAAAAACCAAAACCAAACAAAUAAAAAAAACCCUCCCUGGAUGCCAUAUCUCCUUCCAGGGGCCACACUGGCUCUUUCUCCCCUUCGAAGCCGAACUUCAUAAAGAAGCUGUCUGCCCCUGCAUCCACUUUGCAGCCUCAUACCUCUCCCCACUGCACUCGGACUCCCACCCCUCCCUUCCUGAGACUGCUCACACGGUGGCUCACUCUGCCUCUCAGCAGCUUUGGCCCCACCAGUCCCUCCCUCCUUCCUUGGCUUCUGGGAUGCCACAUGUUCCCAGCUCCCUCCCACACACUGGCUGCUCCUUCUUGGGCUCCUUUAGGGUCUCCUGUAAAUGCCUCCAUGGUCACUUUUCCUAUGUAACCCCCACCCCUUCUCCAGAAUGCUGCUAACUGAGCAGUUCUGUGACCUCCACCUCAAGUCAUGACUGACGAGACCAGAGGACACUCUGGAUCCAAGUCACACGAUCACAUGUUCCCUCCUGGGCUGGGAUUUGAGAUACAGAGGUUCUCAUCCAUCUCGGCCCUUGCCCUGGGAGGGUGAGUUUGCAUGAGACUGGGCCCGGGCCAGAUGCAAGUGGAGCAGAGAAAGCCGGUUGCAACAAGAGAAUAAAGCAGAUGCACAAAGAAAACGAGAACAAGAGACCACGUGGGCCCAGAUGAGAAGAACUGGUGAGACUAUUUACAUGGGUUCCUGGUGAAUUCCAGGUCUCAGCUCCUCAUCACCCCUGAUGCACUUCCUGUCCCUGGCUUCUAUUAAAUAUCCCUGAAUUCUCAACUGGAUCUCAGCCUGGAGGGAGAAAAACUGGGCUCACUGAGAAACACCGAUCCCACCCUCCUCCAUCUUUCAGUUGUCCACAACUCAGGGUGGCUGCCAGCAUGUCUUGGCCAUGACCAUUCCUGUGAUGCUCCAGGGUGUUUAUUGCAAGGACACACAGGAAAGGAAGGGAAGACACCAGAGAAGACCUUCCCAGUUGCAUGGUCAGGACCCAUGGUGAGUGAGAUGCUGGUCAGGACAGACUGGCCCUCACAUGACCAGUCCUCUUGCAAUCCCCAAUCCCCAUCCUGGACUCCUCCCUCUCUCCAUUACCACUUUUUCCUCUACAACCCCAGCUCUUCUUGCUUCCCCUGCUCCCUUCCCUCUGUCCCGGAGUGAGGAUCCCACCAGGCUCAGUGAAUUCCAUCCAAUAUGGAGCACCCCUUCUGGGCAGAGUCCUCAUGCUGGGCCACCUCAUUGGUCGUUGGCCUCAUGACCAGCU